GUGGUCCUGUAGUCAUAUAACCCUUCCACUCUAUUUCCGUUAAAUCAAACCACUUUUCUUUUUCUUUUCUUUUCUUUCUCCACUUUGUUCUUUUCUACCUUUUACCUGUAAAUUAAAAUAUCAUUAUGAAAAGACCUGUCAAAGUCCCUCUCCUUUAUAACCGUACUGGAAACUGCAUCACCAGUUGUCCAGCAGACAUUGACUCAACCACCCAGCAACAGCCGAAAUCUUACUCUUUUACGCACAGGAAUCAAUUUCCUCGCCCAUCCUUCUCUCAACGUGCUCACUUGAAUGGCAUCCUCCAUACCCCUGACGAUGCUGUCUUUGUAAUCAUUACUAUCCUCUUCAUCUUUUGGUCCCUGGUCCGACUGUUUUGUCUCGAAUUACCUUAUUUUAUCCUCACAGGGUUCAGACGAUCCACGAAGCAACAUCCAGUUGAAUGGUCAUGGUGGGCCAGUGCGCUUUUCAGUAUCUUACGCUGCGGCUGUUCGGAUAUUGAUACUAUGGGUCAAGCUCGUUUCAUUGGCCUGCUAUUGAAUUCUUUUAUGCCCUUACAGAUGCUGUUUCUGCCCAAAAAGAUCAAAAUUACUAAAGGUAUCAAGUUCAAGGUCAAGUUGGAUGUCCUCCUUAGACCUGAACGCGCAUCUUUGACUGAAGUGCGAGCACAGCUUUUGGAAAACUACCCAAAUUUUUCGGAUGACCCCAUGAAUCCUAGCGAAAGUUAUUUAAAGUCGAUGCAUCCUCGAGGCCCAAAUGCUCCUCUAGCGAAUAUCCCAGAAGAAGUGGGGCCUCUUGAUACGGAUGGUACCUAUACACUUACAGGUGAAUGGAUCGAAGCUCUUGAGGACUCAUCCAAAAGCAGCAACAAGCCUCGAAGCAACACUGUGGUCCUAUAUUUCCAUGGUGGAGCCCACAUCAUCUGUUCUUCCAAGACACAUAGACAUACACUUGCACGUCUUGCGAUGGAAAUCGGACCAGGGACACGAAUUUUCUCAGUGGAUUACCGGCUGGCACCAGAAAACCCAUUCCCUGCCUCAGUUCAUGAUGCAUUUGCAGCUUUCCUCUACUUGACAGAACCCAAUCAUACGGCCUUGGUCUUGGAUGAUGGCGACAAUUCAGCUGCUACAGUCCAUCAACUCCCAAUCGACCCAAGAAAUAUUGUUGUGGCGGGUGAUUCUGCUGGUGGCAAUAUAGCGGCGGCUUUCAUGCUGUAUAUGAACAAAUAUGUCCAACCUUCAACUGAGCCAAAGUUUAUUUUACCACAUGCAGCUCUGUUGUUGUCCCCAUGGAUGGACAUUACAUCCUCGUUGCCUGCAGGUAAAAGCUUUGACUGGCAUUGUUUCUGUCCCGGACCCAUUGGAACAUCACCAUUUGAUAAGAAAGCAUUUAUUGAAUACAAAAAGCAAAACUAUGCUUGCAUCUAUGUCUGCGGUGACAAAAACUUGGUUCCGAACGCUCGAAAUGCACUUGGAAAAGAUCGAUACUGGCAAUGGUAUACCCACCUGGCUCAGCAUCCACUCAUCUCCAUUGCAUUCGCAAACGAAGGUUCCCUCGGCGGUUUUACCAACACUCUCUUUGUAAGAUGAUCCUCUUCUCUUUUACUUUUUUAAAAGUUUUUUCAUUCUCAUUGACUCAUUUUAU